AUGGCACGUUCGACUAUUCCUGAAACAGCCUCUUCACCUGCACCAUCUCAGGCCACUCGGCCUCCAUCCCGACAAUCUACUCGCAUUAUAACUCCUGUCAAGACUCAUGGGAAAUAUAUCCCAAGUCAAAACACUCGCCGAUCUCAUCCAAAAGAUAAGCAACAAGACUCUGAAUCCGACGCAAGUUUAACCCAGGCAACUCCCCGCCGAAAGAAUCGCAAGCGAGUCUCCUCAUCAUCCACCCAUAAUCUUCCACGUGGAUCAUCAGCCGCCUCCAAACAAGGACAUAGAUGGUAUGGAUCUCGCGCAGGACUCAGGAAAGGAGAACGAAAAGGCCAAGAAGACCCGAGGGGCUAG